AUGAAGUUCAACCUUGCAAAUUGUCUUGUCCUCCCGGCUCUUGAAGCAACCGCCGCAUACAUUCUGCUUGCCAAUACUUUCCCAGACACGUCUUUGAAGAAAUACUGGCUCACGCUCACCAUUCUCCAUAACAGUAUCCUCAUCUUACACAAAUGGUUCAUAUACCCUUUCUUCCUCAGUCCUCUAUGCAAUUUACCGCAGCCCAGAGGCUUUAUACCACUCUUUGGCCAUGGACGAUUUCUCUUAAAAAAACACCAGCCGAGCCGAGACUGGCAAGUUCGCACGAUGAGAACGGUACCGAACGAUGGUAUUAUUCUCAGACGAGGAUUCCUGCAUACUACCAAACUCCUUCUGACGACGCCGGCGGCGCUAGCAGAUGUCCUAGUGUAUAAGUGCUAUGAUUUCGAAAAGCCGCGCGUUGGGGCUAAUUUUAUCAAGAGAUUCCUGGGGGAAGGAUUGUUGAUGAGUGAAGGAGAGGAGCAUGUGUGGCAGCGCAAAAGCAUCAUUCCUGCAUUCCGUUUCCGACAUAUCAAGGAGUUAUAUCCGGUGUUUUGGGGGAAAUCAAUGGAGUUCUGCGCCGUGGUAAAGAGAGACCUUGGUGCGCAACCAGAUAGUGUCUUGGACGUCUGUUACUAUGCCACACGGGUUACGCUGGAUAUCAUUGGUAUUGCCGGAAUGGGCAGAGAUUUGGGGUCUCUGUAUAAUAAGGACGACGAGCUGGCAAAGAACUACCAGGAGAUCCUUGAGCCGACACCCGAGAAGGUACUGUACUAUCUUACCAACGUAAUUUUACCACCAUGGCUGGUGAGAAAGCUACCGUGGAGGUUGCAUGAGAGGGUAACGGUUACGACUAGGAACUUGCGGAGGAUUUGUUCGGAGUUUUUGGUAGAAAGGAAGAUGAAGAUCAGAUGCGAGAAGGCCGAGGGUCGAGAAAGUCGCGAUAUCUUGUCCAUCAUGAUUCGCGGUAACGACCAGACGGACAAGAACCUCGUGGACCAACUUCUUACCUUUGUCGCAGCAGGUCACGAAACCACAUCCUCUGCACUGACAUGGACUUCCUACCUGCUUGCCCAACACCCUGCCAUUCAAGCUCGGCUCCGCUCCGAAAUCCUUAAGUAUAUUCCCGAUCCAGGCGUUCUGUCAAGCCCUGACUUCAAUGUCGCCAGGCUUCUAGAGAGUAUGCCGUAUCUCAACUGUGUUUGCAACGAAGUUCUUCGACUUUUUCCCCCGGUACCUCUCACAUCGCGCGUCGCUGUCAGGGACACGACAGUCUGCGGCCAUUUCAUACCCAGUGGCACCAUGUUCUGGAUUGUUCCGUGGGCAAUUAAUCGAAAUCCGAAGCUUUGGGGACCAGACGCUGAAGACUUCAUACCAGAGCGCUGGAUGGAUACGACGACUGGUCGCGCGACGAUGAACGGUGGAGCGGAGAGCAACUACAGCUUCUUAACAUUUCUGCAUGGCCCGAGGGGCUGUAUUGGAGAGAGGUUUGCGCGGGCCGAGAUGAGGUCGCUUGUUGCGACAUUCGUGGGUAACUUCGAGAUGGAGCUGGCAGAUCCUAACGAGGAGAUUGUCAUGGGUGGCACGCUGACCAGUAAACCGAGGAACGUUAUGGAGUGUCCUUGCCUGGGCAAGGGAAAGUUGCAAUUCCACGAUUGCAAAGACUUGAACAAAGACAGGGUGGACAGAAAGACAGACGUCGAGUUCCACGGGCCUGUACCGGACGUCACCGAACAAUGCCACCAAUUAGCAGAGUUUCUUAAGGAUAUAAGAGACCGUGUAAGCGCCGAAGAUGGGGACCGCAUUACUGACAUCCUGGACGAGAUCGAUGAGGACUUGUCAGAAAACAGGCUCACCCCGACUCCAACACCAUCGCAUCUUGACGUGGACGAUAGGCGUGGCUCACAAGAAAGCGGAGAACUCAGUGGUACUGAAUACUUCGAGCAUCAUGAGGCCGAAGCCCUGGACUUCCUGGAUGAAGAUUUGCAUAGCAAAGACGAGGCCCGAUCAACGGGAUUCGUUGGAAAGAGUUCAGAGGUACAAUGGUUGCGUGCAGUGGUCCUAGCCCAGCACGAAAGAACGGAUACAGAGUGGCCUGGAUCCGAGUCUCAAUGCCGCCCUUCGAUUGCUCCAGGUAGCGAGCAGAUAAGUUCGUUUAGCUUCUGGGCUGACUGUGACGAUGUGAGUGUCAAUUUCUACGUGGACCCAUACGAACUGCCCCAACCCGACUUUGCUGAGCAUUUGAUACGAUGCUAUAUGCUCAGGGUGCACGACUCCUUCCCAAUUCUGCCACGAAACUUCGAGGAACAAACUCGCAUGUAUUUCACGGCUUUGCGUGCGGGGAAUGCCCCACAUCUCAACCUCAAGUGGCAGGCCAUCUUGAAUCUUGUCUUCGCCGUUGGUGCAAAUUAUUCGUACCUUUACAAUAAGGACUGGCCGACAGGAGACGCCAAUGUGUUCCAAGCCAGGGCACGGGCGUUUGGUUUGAACGAAGCUUCUCUGACUACUCAUGCUGAUGUGCCGCGAAUCCAAGGCUUGGGUCUUCUCGCGUUUUACUGGCUAAGUAUCGGACAAGUUAGUCGGUGA